AUGUCAAGAUCAGUUCAUAUCAGCCAGCAGAAGCUGGCUGAAAAGCUCAUUAUACUGAAUGACAGAGGAAUUGGAAUGCUGACUCGCAUCUACAACAUCAAGAAAGCCUGUGGAGAUGCUAAAUCUAAACCAGGGUUCCUAUCUGACAAGGCCUUAGAAUCCUCUAUUAAGAACAUUGUUAGGAGAUUCCCCAGCAUUGAUGUCAAAGGCCUCCAAGCUAUUACCAACAUCAGAAACGAAAUCAUCAAGUCUCUCUCGUUGUACUACUACACAUUUGUUGAUCUUUUAGAUUUCAAAGACAAUGUGUGUGACCUCCUCAACAUUUUAGACUCAUGUCAGGUCACAUUGGACCUGACUUUAAAUUUUGAAUUGACAAAGAAUUACCUUGAUCUGAUCACCACUUACAUUUCAUUGAUGAUUUUACUCUCAAGAGUAGAAGAUCGUAAAGCAGUGCUGGGCUUGUUCAAUGCUGCUCAUGAAAUGGUUCACAAUCAAAUUGAUCAAAGUUUCCCACGGUUGGGUCAAAUGAUCCUAGAUUAUGAUGCUCCAUUGAAGAAGCUAUCAGAAGAAUUUAUGCCACAUCAGAAGGUACUUUGUAGUGCCCUAAACUCACUGUGGCAAGUGUACCCUGCAAGAAAUUUAACCGCUGAACACUGGAGAUCUGAACAAAAGUUGAGUUUGGUGAGCAACCCUGCACAACUGCUGAAACCUUCAGAGACAAACACCAUGUCCUGUGAAUAUGUGUCACUGGAAUGUUUGGAGAGAUGGGUAAUAUUUGGAUUUGCAAUUUGUCACCAAAUGCUGCAACAAGAUCAUGCUAACAAAAUGUGGGUCAGUGCCUUAGAAUCGGGUUGGGUUGUGGCUCUGUUCCGUGAUGAAGUUAUCUAUAUCCACAGCUACAUCCAGAGUUUUUUUGAUGGUAUAAAAGGUUAUGGUAAACGAAUUUCCGAAGUGAAAGAUUGCUAUCACCAUGCUGUACAAAAAGCCAGCUACAAGCACAGGGAGAGGAGGAAGUUCCUGAGGACUGCUCUAAAGGAACUGGGUCUCAUAUUGACUGAUCAGCCAGGGUUAUUGGGACCCAAAGCAUUGUUAAUUUUUAUUGGUCUCUGCUAUGCUAGAGAUGAAGUAUUUUGGUUAUUAAGACACAAUGACAAUCCACCACAAAAAGUAAAAGGAAAAGCAGCUGAAGAUUUAGUUGACCGUCAGUUGCCAGAACUUCUGUUCCACAUGGAAGAGCUGAGAGCUCUCGUAAGGAAAUACAGUCAGGUCAUGCAGAGGUACUAUGUUCAGUAUCUAUCAGGUUUCGAUGCUGUUGCUCUAAACUUGAUGAUACAAAACUUGCAAGUCAAUCCUGAUGAUGAGAAUACAAUUCUCUCUUCACUAUGUAGCACUGCAGGCAAUUUAAGUGUGAAACAAGUUGAAGAUAAUGAGCUGUUUGAUUUCCGAGCAUUUCGCCUUGACUGGUUCCGUCUUCAAACAUACACGUCGGUUGCUAAGUGUGCUUUUAACCUUGUAGACCAGAGAGAACUUGCACAGUUCAUUGAUAAAAUGGUCUUCCAUACAAAAAUGGUUGAUAACCUUGAUGAAAUUAUGGUGGAGACAUCUGACUUAUCCCUCUUCUGUUUUUACAGUAAAAUCUUUGAAAGUCAAUUCCACAUGUGCCUUGAGUUUCCGGCGCAAAAUCGUUACAUCAUUGCAUUCCCCUUGAUUUGCAGCCACUUCCAGAACUGCACUCACGAGCUAUGCCCGGAAGAAAGACACCACAUUCGAGAGCGAAGUCUGUCUGUAGUAAACAUAUUCCUUGACGAAAUGGCCAAAGAAGCAAAGAAUAUCAUCACUACGAUUUGUGACGAACAGUGUACCAUGAGCGAUAAACUACUUCCUAAACAUUGUGCGCAAACUAUUGCUCACUUGGCGAAUAGGAAGAAGAAGGACAAGAACAAAAAGAACACAAUAGCGAUUGUACAGCCGGGCGCAGAGAGCUAUAGGAAAACACGAGAGGAGCUGACUACCAUGGACAAAUUACACAUGGCAUUAACAGAGCUCUGCUAUGCCAUCAACUAUUGUGCUACUGUCAAUGUGUGGGAGUACACGUUUGCACCGCGAGAAUAUUUACACCAACACCUGGAAACACGAUUUUCCAAAGCAUUGGUUGGUAUGGUUAUGUUCAACCAGGACACAAGUGAAAUUGCUAAACCAUCUGAGCUGUUAGUCAGUGUUCGCGCUUACAUGAAUGUCUUGCAAACAGUUGAAAAUUACGUUCACAUUGACAUUACUAGAGUGUUCAAUAAUUGCCUUCUACAGCAAACACAAAAUACUGACAGCCAUGGGGAAAAGACUAUUGCGUCCCUGUACACACAGUGGUACUCGGAAAUCUUACUCAGGAGAGUUAGUGCUGGCAGUAUCUGUUUUUCCAUGAAUCAGAAAGCCUUUGUUAGUUUAACUGCAGAAGGCGCAAUCCCAUUCAACGCUGAAGAAUACUCUGACAUUAAUGAGCUUCGUGCUCUAGCUGAACUCAUUGGCCCAUACGGCAUGAAAUUAUUGAGCGAAACAUUAAUGUGGCACAUUGCUAGUCAAGUCCAAGAACUUAAAAAGUUGGUGGUACAAAACAAAGAGGUUCUUCAAAUGCUCCGAACAAACUUUGAUAAACCGGAAAUAAUGAGAGAACAGUUCAAACGGCUGCAACACGUUGAUAAUGUUUUGCAGAGAAUGACAAUAAUCGGCGUCAUUUUGAGCUUCAGGCAAAUUGCACAAGAAUCUCUUUUGGAUGUUUUGGAACGCCGCAUACCAUUCUUAAUUAGUUCAAUAAAAGAUUUCCAACAACAAUUGCCAAGUGGUGACCCAAUGCGUGUCAUAUCAGAAAUGUGUUCGGCGGCUGGAUUGCCUUGCAAGGUAGAUCCUACGCUAGCAUCAGCUCUCCGGCAAAACAAGACGGACGUUGAAGAAGAAGAACAUCUUAUUGUAUGUCUAUUGAUGGUAUUCGUUGCCGUGUCUUUGCCGAGACUUGCUCGUAGUGAAGGGUCUUUCUACAGGCCAUCGCUAGAAGGGCAUGCUAACAAUAUACAUUGCAUGGCGCCAGCAAUCAAUCAUAUCUUUGGUGCUCUGUUUACAAUCUGUGGUCAGGGAGAUAUAGAAGACCGUAUGAAGGAGUUCUUAGCGCUGGCGUCUUCGUCACUGCUGCGACUCGGUCAAGAGACUGACAAGGAAGCUAUUAAGAACCGAGAGUCUGUUUACCUUCUCCUCGACCUGAUUGUUCAAGAGUCUCCAUUCCUUACCAUGGACCUAUUAGAAUCUUGUUUCCCAUAUGUUCUAAUACGUAAUGCUUAUCAUGAAGUAUACAAACAAGAACAAAUGGCGUUGCAUUUAUAA